CAAAUAAAGUUAGAAAACAGUAAGAUAAAGGAGAAAAAAAAUAAUAAUAAUAAAAAAUAAAAAAAGAAGUUGUGUUAGUGUGGAGGUUGAUGUUUGGAUGAGGAAGUAAGAAGUACAACAGAGAAAACGUACAAAAAUAAAGAAUAAGGUGUGGUAGUGAACAGGAGUCAUGAAGUGAAUAUGAAUUGCUUACAAAUAGAGUUUGGUGAUGAAUGUAUUGAGAACUAAGAUUGGCCCUGUAUGUCGCACUUGUAAGAUAUGAGUUUGUGCAGUUUGUGAUAUCGUGAUGUAGUAGUGUGUGUGACUUGAUGAAAUGACUGGCCACAGAGGUGAAUAUGUAUUGUCCCAAAGGGAAAAACAGCCUUUGCAAUCAGCCGAAAGAGGUAUGAUAGAAGCCCAUUAAAAUACUUUUUCACUUUAGGUGAGGAAGAGAGGACGAGGCAAUUUAGAAUGUGUACAGAAAGGAAAAAAGAGAAGAAUUGGAUGUUGGUUUGAUUGUUAUGAGAAUGUUAUUUGUGCUGCAUGUAGAUUGAUUCCCAAACAAUUACGAUGGCUGUUAUGGGUGUAUAAAUUUAUUCUCAAUAUAUUUGAAAUGUAGCUGGCGUAUUUCUAUUAGAUGGUGAUGAUGUACGAAAGAGAGUUGAAAAUACCUAAAGGGGAGAAUUUUCUGAGAAUGGAGGUUAAACUGUAUGAGGCAGAGGUUCUUGUUGCCCAUGUAAUUCCAAUUCUUAGAUGUCCCUUGUAUGAGCAGGAAUGUGAGUUAGAAAUUAGAAUGUAAGUGAUGGAGGUGAUAUUGAUGCCACUGACAGGAUAGGAGGAGACGUGAGAUGAGCUGUGAUGUGGCUGAUUCUAUAAUAAUUGUUUGUGAGUGAAUUGGUGCCCUGUGUAAAAAGAAAAAUCUGACCAAAAGGUAGUGUAUCCCAGAGUAAAGUGACUGAGGAUAUGUUGAUAAGGUGAUGUGAGCACAAUAUUAAGGGAGAGAUUGGUUAAAAGGCAUGGGUUUAAGUAAAUUGAGAAUGAGUCUCAAGAAUAUUUAGAGGUGCAUGAAUUUAACAGUGGUUGAAGCAUAUAUAGUGUAUAGGUGUAAGAAAGAAUGACUAACGAGAUGUUUGAGCCCUGUUAUAAAAUUUGAUUUUGAGAGUUAUAUUAUUGAGUUUUAGGCACAUUGUGUGAGUCAGGAGAUGAAAGUAAUAUUUGCGACAUUGCAAAUUAGAAAGAGGGUGGAUGGUGUUUGGAGAUUUCCAUGCAGAUGCAGAUAUAAUAGUAAGUUGCAAGAUAUGGUAUGUGUAUGAAAAUUGUAAUUGAUGGCCCUUUCCAUUGAGGUAUUGAAGCUCAAUGUCGUUUGAAAUGAGAUGCUCCCCACAUAAGUCCUGUGUUAUAGAAACUAUGUUAAUUUAAAAUGUGUGUCCACAUGAUGGAGGUACCUGAUGUGAAGUGAAAUUUAGAAUGGAAGUGGUUGUGUGUGAGAGGAUGUGAUCCAUGCCCAAAUCAGAGAAUUAGUCAUGUGUAAUGGAGAAUAAUGAUAGUGUGGAAGUAAGUAAGUGUGAGGGGGAGUGAAAUGCCAUUGGAACCACUAUUAGUGAAAUGAUUUGUAUUGAUGUUAAGAACAGGAAACAUUGAAAAUGUAGGUUUUAAAGACUUAAAGCAUGAUGUUGAUCAUGUGAGUGGCUUUCUGGAAUGGGACUGUGUUAUUAACAUUUAUAGAAGUUAUAAGAGUGCAACUGCGGAGAAGUAGUAUGUGUUAUGAAGUAAAUCGUAGACUUGUAAUAAAGGAUCACUUGAGUGACCCUUGGUUCGACACCUCCAAGAAAACAAGGCCAACCAACAUGGGUUGCUAUGUCACCGUGACGUCACGACAAGCGGUCCAAUAUGGCGAUAGUAUAUUGUUGUGAGUGGAUUGCUUUUGAGUGUCGACCUGUGAGUUGCUGAAACUGUUGUUAUUUUGAUACAUCUCUUUCACCACCACAAAGUACUUGUCUGUUACACUAUGGUGAAUAAGUGCUGUGUACAGGGCUGUACUGAACUGAGUAAGAAGUGGACACAUGCUAUUCGACAGCAGAACUUCACUCCCUCUGAACAUUCAGUGGUUUGUCAAGAACACUUCAGUCAGAGUGACCUGAUUCUUCAAAGCACAGCAGUUGACUGGAAAACAGGGAGAACUUUGACAUUGCCUCUAGAAAACCCAAGACUGAAAGAAAAUGCAGUACCAUGUUUCCUGUCAAACUGUCCCGGUUAUAUAAGCUCAAGACAAGAUGUUCAACGAGAGCGCCCAAGCCAAAGAAGACAAUGGCUAGAAGCAGAUGCCUUAAGUAAAGCUAUAUCUGAAAGUAUAGAAACAGCUUCUGCACAAAGGGAAAAUGACAGUUUUAAAGAUUAUAGUGAAUUUUUGAAAAAAAGUGAGAAUGUUACAUUAAAUCAACAGUGGAGUAAAGUUGUGAAAGAAGAUUGCCUAUUGUUCCUCUACCCUAACUUUGAGAAAACUCCACAUGAUAUUGUGUAUUUAACAGUUUGUAGAAACCUCAGUGUUAAAUUGUAUGUAAAUGGUGUUGAGAUUGUUGCCAGCAUACUUCCAGAGAAAGUUUGCAGUGUAACUGAAGUAGAAAAUGUGAUUAAGCUGUGUACAGACUAUAUUAGUGGCAGAGAAAGUGAUUUACACAUGUCAGUUAUUCAUGAAGCACUACCAGUGAAAGAAGGUAAGAGAAAGGUUGUUUCAUUCUUGAGGUCACAAUGUGCAUUAUGUCUUCAAUCCAAGGCACACCAUAAAUUUGAUCCAGAGGUUUUGAUUCUUUGUUCUGUGUUAUUUACAAUUUCUCCACAUGCUUACAAGUUUUUGCGAUCAUCUGGUUUUGUCAUUCUACCACUUCCAAACACAUUAAGGAAGCUUAGUUGUAAUAUAAACAUGAACCCAAGUAAUCCAAAUUUUUAAAGUCAUUUUCAAAUGGUUUUGUCAUUCUACCACUUCCAAACACAUUAAGGAAGCUUAGUUGUAAUAUAAACGUGAACCCAAGUAAUCCAAAUUUUUUAAGUCAUUUGAAUAUGAAGUUUCAUGUUUGGAACCACAUGAACUGUUUGUUACCUUUAUGCUAGAUGAGAUCCACAUCAAACCAUAUGUAGAUUAUAAAGGGGGAAUAUUACUGGAAUGACUUUGGAUACUGCUGAAAUAGCAACCAGUGCACAUGUAAUCAAGAUUCAGAGUAUUCUUUCUGCUUUCAAAACUGUUGUACAUGUAUUGCCUGUGAAAAAAACUGAAUGCAGAGAGCUUGUUUAAUGUAGUAAGAACUUUAGUAGUAGGUAUAGAAGCAACUGGCUUUCAGGUUGUUUCACUUGUUACAGAUAAUAAUGCCAUUAACAGAAAAUGUGUUACAUACUUUGCAAAUCCACCACAAGCCUGUUUUGUAUACCCAUCUCCUACAGACGGUAAAAGACCAAUGUUUUUUCUGCAUGACCCUGUCCAUAUUUUUAAGUUCAUAAGGAACAACUGGAUGAAUCUGAAGAGCCACAGGCAAACAUUUUGUUAUCCAGAUUUUGAUAAUUCUGAUAUUGUUAGGUACGCAUCCUUUGCUGCAGUUAGUGAAGUUCAUGACUUAGAAAGCCAAAAACUGUUAAAAUAUGGUCAUGGGUUGUCUGUGAAAGCCCUGUGGCCUUCAUCUUUAGAAAGGCAAAAUGUUAAGCUGGUGAUUCAAAUAUUCAGUGAUUAUGUAGAAAGUAGCAUGGUUGAGUUGGGGCCAGUUCAUAAUGUAGAAAACUGGAAAGGUACUGCUUUUUUUAUUUAUUUAUUUAUUUAUUUGAUUAGUCAUCCGUAGACAUUUUGCAAUGUAUGGAUGUUGUCAGUUUGGAUACAGUGAUUUUUGCAGAUACAUUGACACUUUUAUAUGCAUUUACAGAGUAUACAAAUACAAUGACAUUUAUCACUUAAAUUACAUCCAAACAAUUAAAUAUUCACUUAUUGUUUAGAAACAGCGUUCCUGAAAAUAUAGUUUAAGGGUUUUCUGUAACAGUACAUGUUGUUA